UUGGAGGCUCCUCCAGGUGGGGGCGAGCUACGUGUCCCAAAGAAGUGUUCUAUGCUCUCUUACAGUAUCAUGUAGCUAAAAAACUACUGUAGGACCAGCUAGAUAAUUACUUACGCCACUUGAAAACUUCUAGCCUGCAUUCUGCGCUAAGAUCUGUGUCCGACUAAGGCUUAUUGGUAACUAACGUUACCCAACCGUAAGAGCCGUUUUGAUUCGUGUAUUCCUGGCAUUAUGGAAGAUCUCGAUGCUUUGCUGGCAGAUUUGGAGUCUACCACCUCCCACAUCUCCAAGCGGCCCGUAUUUCUCCCAGACGAGACCCCCUACUCCUACCCCACAGGAGGACACGCCCCCCAGGUGCUCCUCUCCCCUCCCCCUGCAGUGUCUCUCUCAGACGAGAGCCUGAACGGAACGGUCUUGGACACACUUCACUGCUCCUCACAGAAAAGUGCCUUAUCCAGCAGCCCCCCUCCCCAGCAGAGUGAAGAGGAUCACAUCUACAGUUUCCUAAACAAGCCGAAGAGCACCAACGUAAUGGCUUCAGACAUGAGCUCCUCCUUGGGCAACAACCUGUCUGAACUGGACCGCCUGCUUCUGGAGCUCAAUGCUGUCCAGCAUGUCUCUCCUUCCUUCCCCACAGAAGAGGAGACUGCUCCACCCCUGCCCUCCAGCAGCACCACCAGCUAUGUGCAGAGGAACGGGGUUUCACCUCCAGAAAAGGUGCCUCACCCCACAAUAGAGAAGCCCAAGAGAAGUGGACCUGUCAAGGUGGUUCAGGAUGUGCGCCCCAGUGUGGACAGCCUCCUAGAUGAACUAGAAUGUUCUGUGUCCACUAAGCCCACAGCUUUAGUGGUGUCAGAGCCGCUGAUGGAUGAACAUGAGACGUCAGGGCAGCAUCAGGCACGGAUGUCCGCCUCAUCUGCCACACGGGAACUCGACGAGCUCAUGGCCUCGCUGUCUGACUUUAAGGUCCAGAGCAACUCAGGGUCUCAGUUGUCUAUCAGUAUGGAAGCCCAGCCUGAUCCAGUCCCAGAGCCCCUCUUGUUGAAUGAUUCACCUGCAGUCCCAGGAGCCUGCGCCCCAUCCCUUGAUUUACCCCUGCCCUCUGUCAUCACCACCUCUCCCAGUGCCUCUCUCCCUCUAAAACUACACAUAUAUGAAGAGGCCUGCUCCUCUCAUUCAUCUGUCUCAACCUCAGAACCUCUGACGGCAUCAUCCAGGAGCAUCCUGUCUUCCCAGAUCCACACGAAGAUAACGGGAAAGAGUACAGAGUCUGGUGUGAGCAGCGUAACUGUGCUGACCUCUCAUACAGAAACCCUCACUGUGCUUUCCAGCACCUCAGGACCUGUCACACUGGAAGCACAGGAGCUACAGGUAGCCUCUGAAGACCCUAGUCCACUAGCAGACCACAAAACUUGCUACCUUGUACCAGUCGCCAAAACCCCCAGUCCUGUACCAGUCGCCAAGACCCCCAGUCCUGUACCAGUCGCCAAGACUCCCAGUCCAGUAGCAGACCACAAGACCUCCAGUCCAGUACCAGUCACCAAGACCCCCAGUCCUGUACCAGUCACCAAGACCCCCAGUCCUGUACCAGUCACCAAGACCCCCAGUCCUGUACCAGUCACCAAGACCCCCAGUCCUGUACCAGUCACCAAGACCCCCAGUCCUGUACCAGUCACCAAGACCCCCAGUCCAGUACCAGUCACCAAGACCCCCAGUCCAGUACCAGUCACCAAGACCCCCAGUCCUGUACCAGUCACCAAGACCCCCAGUCCAGUACCAGUCACCAAGACCCCCAGUCCUGUACCAGUCACCAAGACCCCCAGUCCAGUUGCCCGUAGUCUCAGUCCAAUUUUAGUUGCUAAGAGCCAUAGUCCUGUAACAGUUACUACGAAACCCAGUCCAGUCUCAAUUGCAUCCAAGAAGAGUCCAUGCUCCUCCCCUGUGCCAAUACCAAUUGUUCUAUCAGCUUCCAGAGCUGCAGGUGCCCCAUCUUCAGUAGCAUAUGCAGAUGUUUCAGAGCAUCACUCAGUUCAAGACCUAGGGAUAACUCUACCAUGCUGUGAGCCUUUAUUGGAGGAUGCCCUUGAUAAACUACUGUCCCUCCACACCACAAAACCAGAGGGAUCGGGGGAGCGUGCAAAGGAGAAGCAGAAGCCUGAUGAAGAUGAGCUUGCACCCUCCCCUGUCUUGAACAGAGGACAUGCCAUGUCAGGAGAGGAGCAGAGGACUUGGAGGGAGGAAGAAGAAGGGAUUUACCCUGGCCAAAGCACACCCCUGUCUGGACGAGAGGGAACUUUGACCCCCCUCACAGAGGCAAGCUGGAUGGAUGACUCCUUGGCCACCCCCUGUACCUGCCCUGGGACCCCUGAUGGCACUCUGGAUGUGCCCCUCCUACAGCCCUCCGCUGUGGAGAGGUUGUCAACAUCAGGACAACUCAAAUCGGUUAUCCGGCGCACUAAAGAGACUCCCAACGUUCAUCCCAUGUUCCGGGACGGACAGCUACGCCUCAAGCUGGGACCUGUCAUCUUCCACAACAACAGCUCUCAGGACAGACUCAUUGAGGAGCUGCAGGGAAAGCUUGGGAUCGGGCACACGGAACGCCGACGUAAGCAGCCAGAUGAUUGGCUCACAGAGGGAGUCGUCGUCAUGUCCAAUCCCCAGCGUACUCGGGAAGAGGGUGCCUUACCAGCCGUGGAUAAGAUCAUCAUUCCUCCCACCUCGCCUGUCCCCUCCAGAAAAGUCCUCCCCACGCAGCAGCCCCCACCGGCCCCCAAACAGUUGCCCCUGCCCCCCCCGACUCCUCUGCCCCCACCCACCCCCACCCCACCUCCUGUGGAGCCGCCACGCCCCACCCCUACUCCCACCCCGCCCCCUCGAGAGCCCUCCCCGCCCCCCAGGGAGCCAAGCCCUCCCCCCAUCAUAGCACAGGAGAAAGAGUCUCCUAAAGCCCACCCCAAGCAGAACAACAAGCUGGACAACAUGCUGGGCAGCCUGCAGUCAGACCUCAACCGCCUGGGGGUUCAGACCGUGGCCAAAGGCCUGUGUGGGGCCUGCAAGAAGCCCAUUGUUGGACAGGUGGUGACAGCCAUGGGGCGCACAUGGCACCCGGAGCACUUCGUCUGCACCCACUGUCUGGAGGAGAUCGGCUCCAGAAACUUCUUUGAGCGUGAUGGCCAGCCUUACUGUGAGAAGGACUACCACAACCUGUUCUCCCCGCGCUGCCACUACUGUAACGGACCUAUACUAGACAAAGUUGUUACUGCGUUGGACAAGACCUGGCACCCAGACCACUUCUUCUGUGCUCAGUGUGGAGAAUUCUUUGGUCCAGAUGGUUUCCAUGAGAAGGACGGGAAGGCCUUCUGCAAGAAGGACUACUUCAACAUGUUUGCCCCCAAGUGUGGUGCCUGUGCUCAUGCCAUCCUGGAGAACUACAUAUCAGCCCUCAACUCCCUCUGGCAUCCGGAGUGCUUUGUCUGCAGGGAGUGUUUCACCCCCUUUGUGAACGGGAGCUUCUUUGAGCACGAGGGCCAGCCCUACUGUGAGGCCCACUACCACGAGCACAGAGGCUCGCUCUGCUCCGGCUGUCAGAAGCCCAUCACCGGCCGCUGCAUCACCGCCAUGGCCAAGAAGUUCCACCCUGAGCACUUUGUCUGUGCUUUCUGCCUCAAGCAACUCAACAAGGGCACUUUCAAGGAGCAGAAUGACAAGCCUUACUGCCAGGGCUGCUUCAUCAAGUUGUUCAGCUAAGUGACCGAAUGUAGGUGUUUGUGUGCAUAACCAGAACCUGUAUGCAACCCUGUGUGUGUGUGUGUGUGUGUGUGUCAGCAUUGAUCGUUAGAUUGACACUCACACUCUGGGACGUCGAAGCAGAGGACAAAUAGUGGCGUUCCACAAUGUCACCUACAGACGCUUGACACUUCAACCAGCUGGGUUUUGGAGUUUGAUUGAGAAUGAGCUUCUAACAAAGCCCAAAGAAACGCUUUAAAUACUAAAGAGUCGUCACUUUAUGCAAAACAACUGUGUCAAGUUAUGUAUGAGAGAUUUUCAUGUCUAAUGUUGAGCCAUUGUCUUGUUUAUCUUUUGGCCCAAUCUUUGGUCAGGUUAUGUGUGCAUGACAGACCAGUGCUUAGCUAAUGGGUAUUGGAAUCAGUAAAUAUGUAAUAUUUUUCUAGAAAAUCCAAAACACAAUAAGGUGCCACUGCAAACCCAGACAAGCAGACACAACCUCUUCUCUUCAAACCCAGACAAGCAGACACAACCUCUUCUCUUCAAACCCAGACAAGCAGAUGGAAAACACUCGGUUUUUGUGUUUAUCCGUCAUCCCCUUGGUUUCACUUCAGUUUAAACUGUACUGUGAAAUCCUAUUAUUUCUCUCUUUUUCUCUUUCUCUAAAUCCCUUAAAGGUGCAUUGUGUAACUUGGUAUGGUCGCUAUAUCAGGAUACUAUUUUUGUACAAUUUUCCUGUGGAAAUUUACAUUCAAGAAGGACCGCAGCAUAUUGUGGAUAAACAAAUCUAGGCAUGUAGUUCUUUCCUUGUAGGUGUAAGUUUUUCCCAUGGAAUCACAUAAUUUAUAAAUACAAACACUCUCACACUUCAAACAAAGAUGACAGUAUCAAACUCACAAAUGUCUUAUACAAAAGAAACUACUUGUUUUCUUUUUUCCUGUAAGGUACUAUAGAUCCAUAUGACACUAUAGAUACUGCUUUUAUUAGCAGAUCAAAUAUUAUUGUCUUACUUAAGGUCCUUUUGUUUUCUUCUCCCCAUCUGCACUGACAUUUGAAACACAGAGAACUAGCAUGUACUACACCAAUGUGCCAAGAAAUCUUGUUUGAAUUGAAAUUAUGUAAUAUCUGACCUGAUUGGAAAAAAUAAUUACUAAUUUUCUCUAAAUACAUUUCUGACACAUUUUAUAAAGGAUUGGUAACUUUCUGAUAUAUAUAUUUUUUUGUGUGAUAAUUAACAUCAACGAGCCUGGUACCAUAUAGAUAAGCAGGAAUAAGGAACCUUUGGAAAUUAUGCAGAACAGAUAAGACUGAACAAAAAGCUUAGUCUAGGAAAGACUAAUUUGCAUUUGGAUUUGCUGCUUGUGUUUGCCAACAGAUUUACAGUACCAAAGUCUUACACUAAUAGAGAAUAUAUGAAUAUAUGCUUGUUUCCAAUAUUUUUCUUUAUAGGAACUACAGCAUCUGCAAUGAUAAUACUUUGUUCUUCAAACUUCUUCAUUACUUUCAAAAAUAAGUAUUACAGAGAUUCAGAGUAAUAUGGGUGCAUGUAUCAACAUAAUGAUUCCAUGCGCCAUUAAUGUUGUUCAUCUAUUCCAAUGUGCUGUUUAGUCAUAAUUUGCUGUCAGUUUCUGUAUCAAUCAAAUGUUGUAAUACAUUACAUGGCAUUGUGAGAUGGCUUAGUGUUGUCACUUUAUAAAGAAAAUAUUUGAGCUCUGGAGAUGACACUGAUAUGCAGCUGGCUCUGAGGACAUAUAAAAACUAUGGACAUAAAACACACAUAUACUGACUGGCAAGCUACACCAGCACCAGUUUUGAUUGAAAACCGCUUUGAAAUGCCUCCAUGCUACUGUAGUUCUUAAUACUAACUUUUUCUAUGUCCAAAAAGUUGAUUGGUUGGCUUGUUGCCUACCUUGAGUAGCUUGUUAGUUAACUUGUUUUUAAUACAUGUUAUAUUGAUUGAAUCAUGUUUUAAAUAUUAAAUAUCAAGCACUGUUUGUGCACUUGUUACUCCUCAUUGAAACCUGAAGAGGUGUCACUGGUGAACCCUGUCACACCCCAUCUGUCCAGAGUUUGCUUGCUUCACAAAUAGUCUCAUAUUUAACAUUUUAUAUUGCUUGAGAAAAUGUAAAUGUAUCAAUAACACCAAAUUAAAGUAAUUACUUAGUCAGUAGCCACGCUGUUAACAAAUGUUGCUUACUUGUAGAGGUAUAAAAGUGGGUGAAGCAACCACAAUCUACAUUUUACACCUCUGCUCACUUGGUGGGUUAUUUUAUCAUAUGUAGUGGCAUAUAUGUAGUAUUAUUUAUAAAGAUUUCUCUAAUAAAAUACAAAGCACUAUUUGUGUGAUUCUCAGUUUUGCCAAACCAGAAUCAGAGGCAUUGGACAGAUGAGAGGGGGCAGGGUUGGAGAGUGACCUGUUGGGAAUGACCUCCUGGUUACUGACGCCUCACCAGAGUACAAAAUGCCAACGGCAUUGCUGGUCUUGUUGACCAGCAAGGGGGUCUUCAGGGACAGGUUGUAAAACACUGGUACAUUAAACCAUAUUUGAGCCUUUAAAGUAUCUUAUGUAUGCAACUGAUUUAUGAAUGUUCUUUCAAUUUACCUUGAAAUGUUGAUUUAUUCUUUUAGAUUUUUUUGUGGCUACGUUUGUUUUUCAUGACGUUUCAAUUUAUUCAAAAUGAUUGUUUAUCACUAUAACUAUACUCAAUACUCGCUAUACUGCAGUUUCAGUUAUUUUAUAUUCUUGAAUGAAUAUAGAUUUGUGCUUGUGCCAAAUUUCAACGCUAUGUCUAAAACACUGUGGAGCUGAUGUGAGUUUCAGCGUGUUGUCAGAUUGACAGUGAUAGCUGGUGUGGAAAUGUUUUCAUCAUUAUAAAAUUUGGUUAAGUAGGUUAGGUUGUACUUCUUUCAAAGUAUUUUUAUAUUUAGAUUGAUGUAAGUGUGAGCUUUAUCUUCAAAAGGCCUGUAUGACUGAUUUGAUUUUCAUUUUCUCAUGCCCCUUUUAGCCCUAAAUGGGAGUCUAGUUUUUGGGGAGGGAAAUAUGGCUACUGAUUUUAAAUGCAUUUAUUGAUUAUUUAAUUACUGUGAUUGCUGUCAUUAAAAACUAUUUUUUGUU